AUGAGCUCUGCAGUGGCUGCCUCCUCUGUGCCUGUGGCCGUGACAGCCUCCAAGAAGGAGUCUCCAGGGGGAUGGGGCCUCGGAGAGGAUCCAACAGGUGUGGGCGCCUCGCUCCAGUGCCGAGUGUGUGGGGACAGCAGCAGUGGGAAACACUAUGGCAUCUAUGCCUGCAACGGCUGCAGUGGCUUCUUCAAGAGGAGUGUGAGACGGAGGCUCAUCUACAGGUGCCAGGUCGGGGCAGGAAUGUGCCCAGUGGAUAAGGCCCAUCGAAACCAGUGCCAGGCCUGCCGGCUGAAGAAGUGCUUACAAGCAGGCAUGAACCAAGAUGCUGUGCAGAAUGAGCGCCAACCACGAAGCAUGGCUCAGGUCCACCUGGAUGGCAUGGAAACAGGCAGCGAUCCCCGACCAGAACCGGUGGUGGCCUCCCCUGCCCUGGCAGGGCCGAGUCCCCGGGCCCCCACGUCUGUGUCUGCAUCCAGAGCCAUGGGCCACCACUUUAUGGCCAGCCUCAUCACCGCCGAAACUUGUGCUAAGCUGGAGCCAGAGGAUGCUGAAGAGAAUAUUGAUGUCACCAGCAACGACCCCGAGUUCCCUGCGUCCCCCUGCGGUCUGGAUGGCAUCCAUGAGACAUCAGCUCGCCUGCUCUUCAUGGCUGUCAAGUGGGCCAAAAACUUGCCUGUGUUUUCCAACCUGCCUUUCCGGGACCAGGUGAUCUUGCUGGAAGAGGCAUGGAAUGAGCUUUUCCUUCUUGGAGCCAUUCAGUGGUCUCUGCCCCUGGACAGCUGCCCACUGCUGGCACCACCCGAGGCCUCUGGCAGCUCUCAGGGCAGGCUAGCCUUGGCCAGUGCAGAGAUGCGCUUCCUGCAGGAAACCAUCUCCCGGUUCCGGGCUCUGGCAGUGGACCCCACAGAGUUUGCCUGCCUGAAGGCUCUGGUCCUCUUCAAACCAGAGACACGAGGCCUGAAGGACCCUGAGCAUGUGGAGGCUUUGCAGGACCAGUCCCAGGUGAUGCUAAGCCAGCAUAGCAAGGCUCACCACCCCAGCCAGCCUGUGAGGUUUGGGAAAUUGCUCCUCCUCCUCCCGUCUUUGAGGUUCAUCACGGCUGAGCGCAUAGAGCUCCUCUUCUUCCGGAAGACCAUAGGGAACACUCCGAUGGAGAAGCUGCUGUGUGAUAUGUUCAAAAACUAG